UGCAGCCCGGCCCACGCCGCCCGCGGAGCCCCCGCGCGCCCGGUCUGGAGCCCGGAGCCCGCUGCACGAAGCCCCCGAGCACCCACGCCAUGAAGGAGGAGGCCUUUCUCCGCCGCCGCUUCUCUCUCUGCCCACCUUCCUCCACGCCUCAGAAAGUGGACCCCCGGAAGCUCACCCGGAACCUGCUCCUUGGUGGGGAGAAUGAGCUCUGCCCUCUCAGCCCAGGGAACGACGUGGAGCCCAAUGGCCCGUUGCUGCUGAGGGAUGAAGGGCCCCCGACUCCAGGCUCUGCCACAAAGGUGCCACCGGCAGAGUACAGGCUGUGCAAUGGAUCUGACAAAGAGUGUGUGUCACCAACAACCAGGGUCACCAAGAAGGAGGCUCUCAAGGUACAGAAGGAAAACUACCGGCAAGAGAAGAAGCGAGCUACUCGGCAGCUGCUGCGCGCCCUCACGGACCCUGGAGUGGUCAUCAUGGCUGACAGCCUGAAGAUCCGUGGGACCUUGAAGAGCUGGACCAAGCUGUGGUGCGUCCUAAAGCCAGGGGCACUGCUCAUCUACAAAACACCCUCUGGCGGCCAGUGGGUAGGCACUGUGCUGCUGCACUGCUGUGAGCUCAUCGAGCGGCCCUCCAAGAAGGACGGCUUCUGCUUUAAGCUGUUCCACCCGCUGGACCAGUCUGUCUGGGCUGUGAAGGGCCCCAAAGGCGAGAGUGUGGGCUCCAUCACGCAGCCCCUGCCCAGCAGUUACCUGAUCUUCAGAGCUGCCUCCGAGUCAGAUGGCCGCUGCUGGCUGGACGCCCUGGAGCUGGCACUCCGCUGCUCCAGCCUGCUGCGACUGAGCGCCUGUAAGCAAGGCCGUGAUGGGGAACCAGGGUCCUCGCCAGACGCAUCGCCCUCAUCACUCUACGGACUGCCUACCUCGGCUGCUAUCCACCCAGACCAGGACCUAUUCCCAUUGAAUGGGGUAUCCCUGGAGAACGAUGCGUUCUCAGAUAGGUCGGAGCGAGAGAACCCCGAGGAGUCAGACACCGAGACCCAGGAUCACAGCCGCAAGACCGAGAGCGGGAGUGACCAGUCGGAGACUCCCGGGGCCCCUGGGCACAGAGGGACCACCUAUGUGGAGCAGGCCCACGAGGAGCUCGGGGAGCUUGGUGAGGCCUCCCAGGUGGAGACGGUGUCGGAGGAGCACAAGAGUCUCAUGUGGGUCCUACUGAAGCAGCUGCGGCCGGGCAUGGACCUGUCCCGCGUGGUGCUGCCCACCUUUGUGCUGGAGCCACGCUCCUUCCUCAACAAGCUCUCUGAUUACUACUACCACGCUGACCUGCUCUCCAGGGCUGCGGUGGAGAAUGAUGCCUACCGCCGCAUGAAGCUCGUGCUGCGCUGGUACCUGUCCGGCUUCUAUAAGAAGCCCAAGGGAAUCAAGAAGCCCUACAACCCCAUCCUGGGGGAGACCUUCCGCUGCUGCUGGUUCCACCCCCAGACCAACAGCCACACGUUCUACAUAGCAGAGCAGGUGUCCCACCACCCGCCUGUGUCUGCCUUCCACGUCAGCAACCGGAAGGAUGGCUUCUGCAUCAGUGGCAGCAUCACAGCCAAGUCCAGGUUCUAUGGGAACUCGCUGUCGGCUCUGCUGGACGGCAAAGCCACACUCACCUUCCUGAACCGCGAGGAGGAUUACACCCUCACCAUGCCCUACGCCCACUGCAAAGGAAUCCUGUAUGGCACAAUGACCAUGGAGCUGGGCGGGAAAGUGACCAUCAAGUGUGCAAACAACAACUUCCAAGUGGAGCUGGACUUCAAGCUCAAGCCUUUCUUCGGUAGUAGCACAAGCAUCAACCAAAUCUCAGGGAAGAUCAUGUCUGGGAACAACGUCCUGGCAAGUCUCACCGGACACUGGGACAGUGACGUUUUCAUCAAGGAAGAGGGAAGCAGCAGCCCUGAGCUCUUCUGGACCCCAGAUGGGGCAGCCCGCGGGCAGAGACUGAAGCGGCACACAGUGCUGCUAGAGGAGCAAACGGAGCUGGAGUCCGAGAGGCUCUGGCAGCAUGUCACCAAGGCCAUCAGCGAAGGUGACCAGCAUAAGGCCACACAGGAGAAGUUUGUGCUAGAAGAGGCGCAGCGGCAGCGGACCCGGGAGCUCCAGCAGAGCGUCACUUCCUGGAAGCCACAGCUGUUCCACGUGGACCCUGUCACUAGGGAGUGGCACUACAGAUACGAGAACCGCAGCCCCUGGGACCCUGAGAAGGACAUCGCCCAGUUUGAGCAAGAUGGGAUCCUGCAGACCCUGCGGCGGGAGGAUGUGGCCCUCCAGACCCCCUUCCAGGGCAGCCCGGGACCCCGGCACGAGAGAUCUGGCCCAGACCGAAGAUUCCGCAAGGCCAGUGACCAGCCCUCCGGCCAUAGCCAGGUCACCGAGAGCAGUGGCUCCACACCUGAGUCCUGCCCAGAGCUCUCAGACGAGGACCAGGAUGGGGGCUUUGUUCCAGACAGCGGGAGCCCAUGCCCUCGGUGCAGGCAGGCAGCACGGCAGCUGCAGGCCCUUCAUGAAGCUGUCCUCUCCAUCCGUGAGGCUCAGCAGGAGCUGCACAGGCACCUCUCGGCCAUGCUGGGCUCCACGGCACGGGCUGCACAGGUGCCGGCCCCAGGCCUGCUGCAGAGCCCCCAUUCCUGGUUCCUGCUCUGCGUGUUCCUGGCGUGUCAGCUAUUUGUUAACUACAUCCUCAAAUAAGAGCCUGUGAGGUGGCAUGAGUGUCUCCUGCAGAGCUCCUGCCAGCCCAACAUGCCCUCCCAGCACCCAGCACUUUAAGCAUGGAGGUAGAGGGGCCCAGCAAGCACAGCCACUGUGACAGGGUCCCAAGGAGCAUGGGGCCACAGCAAGGACCUGGGGACCACAGGGGCGCUGCAGCCCGGGCAUGCCAGGCCCAUCUUCAGGGCCACUGGCCUCUCCCCCGGGGUUCUCGCCCCACACUGGCCUUAACACUAAAGCCAAAUGCAGCUUCCAUUGCGCGACAUGCUCCUGGUCAACUUGCCUUGUCAUUCCCAGUCCAGCCUCUAUUUGCCAUGUGGGAUCAACAGAUUCUGGGGCAGAAGGGCCUGCCCAGGCUUUGGAUAGUCACACCCCAGCAGCCAUGAGACAAAGGUUUCAAGAUGGGAGCUGGGAGCUCCAAGCAGGCCCAGGAGUCCCCAGGGCUCCUACACACUGAGGUACAGGCCUGCCUUCCUGCGAUCCUAACCUCAUUGCCAGCGUCACCCUGGAGGGCUCCAGGGACAGGCCAGGCCGCUCUGGGGAGGACAUGUUCAUUUUCAUUCCUCUAUGUACUGUUUGAAAGGGAGCCCAGCAUAGUAGGUCCCGGAACCUCCUGGCCAGGCCGGCCUGCGCGCAGGCCCAGGUGGAGGUGGAUGUGGGUGCAGAUGGGUGUGGAGGGCACAAGGCCCUAGUUGAGCUGGCCCCGUGUCCCUGGGCCAGGGAAGCUCAAGUUUGCCACUUUGUUCAGACCGACACACAGUCUAACCACUUUACACUUUUGUAAUAAAUGUAACUGCAAUAUUCUAGGCAGGCCACGAGCAGCGGUCAGCCUCUAGCAUCUGGCCUCAGUCCCUGUGUCGCUGCCAGUCUGCGUGGGUGUGCGUGUGUCUGUGUGCGAAGCAUCUUCACAUAUACACACAUAUGGAGCCUUAAACUAUGGUGUGCAGUGCCAUCUGAGCUGUUAACUGGUCGUUUUGUUUUCCAGUUUUUGUACCUGUGUCUUUGUCUUCCCCUGUCCGUCCAAUUUGGGGACAUGUCUAUGCUCCAUGCCUUGAAAUAAACACACACACAUGUUUCAUGUUCUCUUCUUGGGGACUUCUGGAAACAAGCAAGGGCUUCUCAGGAGGACUCAAAGAUAGCAUGGGGCUGUCUUGGGCUGGGCAGAGAGAAGGAGGACCAGGAAGGACAGUGGCUACAAUAUUGGUAGGAAGCGGGGGACAGCA